AUGCUGCUGCACCUGGUAGCCGAGUUUGACCUGCAGAGGGAUGUGGUUCCCUGGCUGGUGACACGGGGCUGGGCCGCGGCUCUAGAUACUUCUGGGAGGCCACCAGCACUCUACAUUGUAAAUGUUGAGAGAAAUGGAAAAAUUAUUUAUACCUGGAAGGGAAAUCAGCAAAAUACUCACAUUGGAUUGUAUGAUCUUCACACUAAACAAAAUGAGCACCUCUAUAUGUUUGAGAAGGAUCUACACAUAAUCAGUUGUUCGGUCAACAAUGAAAGGACAUUAUUGGCGGUCAGCUUCCGUCAGUAUACAGAGGAAGAAAGAGUAAGUCAGCUAUUGCAGUCAGUAACCAAGUAUUUAACCUUGCUAAUUGAAAUUUGUCCCAUUAAUAAUGUGAGAGUCCUGAAGGCUGUGGAUUGCUGUGUUCGAGUACAGUUUCUUUACCCAGAUGAAGGCAAAAGUGCUUCUACAGAAAGUCACCUCUUGCUAGUUUCAGAAGAUAAAUAUAUUGAACAAUUUGGCAUUCGUGUUGUUGCAGAAGAGGAACACAAAGUGGUGAUUCAUAACUUAGGUCAGCUUCCAAGAGCCAGAGUAGCAGAUGAUGUCAUUUGGGCGCAAUGGGAUAUGAUGGAACAAAGGCUCUUCUACAUUGUUCCAAAGGAAUCAAAGACCACUUUAAAAUGUGUCCAGUUUUAUCCUGAUGAAAAUUUUAACUCAAUACUGGAAUCACACCUGGAUAUUUCUAUAAAUGACACACAAUUAAAACUUGUGAAUUUUGGAUACGAUCACUGUGAAGAACAAGAUGUGGCAUCUAAAUCUUUGAAUCUUCAGGUUUUUACAAGUAAAGCAGGAGGUUUGUGUGUGUGUUGUAGUCCAGCCUCUGCUAUUGCUGAUGAAAUAAUGUACUCCAUAUAUUUUUUACAUAAAGGUUACAACAAAACUUUUACAGUUUCUCUAGAAAGAACAGAGUCUCAUCAAUUGAAGGAAGUGGCUUUUAUGAAUCUUGACUAUUACGUGGCUGCUUAUUUGCCUGGCCAGUUCCUGCACCUCCUGAAUAUUCAGCAUCCUGACCUGCUGUGCUAUAGUUUAUUUCUGACAGGUGAGGAUGCAAGAAUUGACAUGUUACAGAACUGCUGCAUUCGCUCCCUGCUCACGUCAGCAGUGCUGGAUUGCCAGGCAGGGAGGAUGUAUGCAGUGAGCAUCAGUGCCAGUGCCUUGCUGCGAUUCCUGCAGGGCAGCCAACGAGACAGCCAGAGGCUGGCAGCUCUGCACUGUGCCCUGCUCUACUUACAACUCCCAGAAGACUUGGAAAUGCAGAUUAUUUGGUGGCUUUCUGAGAACCUGUCAACAUGUCAUUCAUUUGACCCUAUUCAAGAAUUUAUCAUAGCCUCUCUGUACUGCAGAAUGUGUGCAGAAACUCACAACCUGGAUAAACUUUUGCCCUACACAUCCCUGCUUGACUGGAUUGGGAGCAUCCCUGGGGUAACAUGUACAACAGACAUUAUCUCUUUACCUGUCUUAGAGUUCCAAAACUCCAAAGGCUUCUGGGAGAAACUCAGCUCAAACCUGGAGAGUGUGAAGUACUCAGAGCCACACUUGCACUACCACAGUAACCUGCUGAGGAGGGAAUGGCGCAGCCUUUUUGAGGAGAGAGAAGAGAGAAGCAGCACAGCUUAUUUGAGGAAUAUUUUUGAAAAUGCUCAAAAGGUGCUCUCUCAUCUGGACACUUGGGACUCUGAGGAAAGGCUGGCUCCUCUCUUCCAAGAGGAGGAUUACCAGCAGCAGCUGCUGAUGGGACUGAUGGUUGCUCAGCUAAAGGAUCACCUUACGAGACAUCUCCAGUAUGUAGGAAAAAAGAAGAUUGACCAAAUAGUUUUGGAUUACGUUGCAAACCUGCUGAAUCUGGUACAUCGAAUAAUGAAAGAAGUUUGGAGGAAAUAUCAGCUUCAUUCCUGCAUCUUCUGCUUUGAUGAGAGAGGGAGUGCAGGAGAGUUCGCUGUGUUCUACAUCAUGAGUCGGAUCCUGGAAGCCACAAAUGGCAUGUGCCUGCCUUUGCCUCCUGGUUUUCACACUCUGCACUUGGGGCUUGGUGUUCGAUGUCUUCCUCUGCACACCCUCCUGCACUACAUUGAUACUGGAGUGCUGCACUUGACAGAAACCUGUGUAAGGAAGCUGCUGAAAGAUCUGGAUGACAGUGAGCAGAAUGAAAAGCUGAAGCUCAGUAUUGUCAUGAGGCUCCCUGAGGCUCUUGGUCAAAAGGUUCGUCAGUUUUGGACUCAUCCCAUAAAUGCCUAUUUCAUUGCACGGAAAUACGUGAAAUUUUUGCUGGAGAAGCUGGGGAACAGGCAGUGCAGCAGGCCUAGCCCUGAGAGGCUCUCAGACCCUGUAGAGUUUUUGCCACUGAACUACCUGACCAAUGUGUUGGCAGAGAUAGAGAAUCAAGGUGUGCAUCUACAUGAAAACCAAGAUCCUGUUAGUGUCAGAUUUGUAGAGGAAACAGCACUCAAACACACUGUGGUGCUUCUGGGCCUCAAGUAUUCCUGAAAAAAGAAUCAGCUGAAGAAAACUGCCUGGGGUACUCCUCCUGUGAAAGCAUUCACACACACGUAUGACCAACUCUUUUGUUUGAAACUUAAAUGCCAGGUUGUUUUGUGUAGCCACUAUUACUGACAUAAACUACUCAAAAUACUGUUUGGUGCAAAGUAUUUAGGCUGAAAUCACUGACUUCUAGAGAAAUCCUAGAGAGAUUUAUCUGACACAAACCCAGGCUUCCAGUGAGAGAGAUUUGGUUUCACUGGGUCAUCCUGAAGCGGUUAAAAAAAAUGCAGCUACAGCAGGUAUUGAAAUGGGCUGUGAAAAUUGGUAUUGCUGUCAGUUAUUUUAACCAGAUAGUCCUGAAAAAGAUAAUCCAUAAACUGGGAACUACUUACUCAUUUAGAUUCAUAAAAUGAUUUCUUGGUGUGUUUUGUACCACAUUAGAAAUGAUGCAUUCAUUCCUUGU